AUCAUCGUUAAUUGAAAUAUUAAGAAGAAAAAAAAAUAAUAAAUUGUGAGUGUCAGUGAAGUAAAAUUAAUUUUUUAGUGCAAUAAAAAUGGCAGCAACAUUACAAAGUGAUGGCAGUUCAGCGACAGGAAAGUCGACAGGAGGUAGUCCAAGAAAUACGGCAAACACUCAAUCGAGCACUCUUACGAAAGCGGUGAGAUUGGCGCCGGUUGAAGUGUCGAAAGCACUGCAAGAUGGAGAAAAGUUUAUUAAAUGGAUGUCGUAUGAGGACAACAAAGACAGCGGCGGCACACCUGUUACGCUACGUGUUGAUGCCAAGGGCUUUUACCUUUAUUGGAUCGAUCAAAAUCAUGAAAUGGAUUUGCUGGACAUUGCCACGAUCCGGGACGUUCGUACGGGUCAAUAUGCAAAGAAACCAAAGGACGCCAAACUCAGACAAAUUGUGACAAUGGGCUCGCAAGACACCCUCGAGGAAAAAACAGUUACCGUAUGUUAUGGCAGCGACUUUGUCAACGUGAAUUUUGUCAACUUUUCGUGUACCAAAAAGGAAAUUGCACAAGCAUGGACAGAUGAACUGAUGAAGCUGGCAUACAAUCUCACGCAACUCAAUGGAUCAGCGACGAUGUUCCUGCAAAAAGCACAUACUAAGUUAUGCCUUCAAACGGACAAAACCGGAAAAAUUCCCGUGAAAAACAUUAUUAAGCACUUUGCAGUCAGCAAGGACGACCGAAGACGCGUAGAAAAGGCUCUGGAUGUGUCUGGCUUGCCAUCGGGAAAGGGAGACACUCUUGCCUUAGCGAAAUUUCAAUUUGAAGACUUUUUUAAUUUGUACAAAAAUUUAACGCAGCGCUCAGAGGUUGAAAAAAUAUUUGACGAGUUAGUCGGCACUGCCAAACGGCGUUUAAUGUCAACUACCCAGCUGGUUGACUUUCUUAAUAAGACACAACGUGAUCCUAGGUUAAAUGAAAUUCUCUAUCCUUAUGCAAAUCCACAACGUGCCCGUGAUAUCAUACAAGAGUACGAGCCAAAUAAGUUCAACGCGCAAAAGGGUCAACUCAGUAUUGAUGGAUUUUUGAGAUAUCUCCUCUCCGAUGACAAUUUAGUGAUGGCAAUUAACAAAAUCGAUUUGUGUGACGACAUGGAUCAGCCAUUGUCGCAUUAUUUCAUCAAUUCGUCGCACAACACCUACUUGACGGGACACCAGUUGACCGGAAAGAGUUCCGUCGAGAUUUAUCGGCAGGCAUUGUUGGCGGGUUGCAGAUGCGUCGAGCUGGAUUUUUGGAAUGGACAAAAAGAGGAGCCAAAUAUCGUGCAUGGUUAUACGUUCGUUCCCGAGAUAAUUGCGCGCGAUGUACUCGAAGCGAUCGCUGAAAGUGCAUUCAAGACGUCGGAUUAUCCGUUAGUGUUGAGUUUCGAGAAUCAUUGUAAUCCGAGGCAGCAGGCUAAAAUUGCGAAUUACUGUCGAAAUAUCUUUGGCGAUAUGUUGCUAGAUAAACCAUUUGACUCGUAUCCGUUGGAGCCCGGAGUCGAAUUGCCGCCUCCCUCAAUGUUACGACGGAAAAUUAUCAUCAAAAAUAAGAAAAAGCAUCAUCAUCAUCACAAAAAGAAUGCCAGUAUAUCAGACGCAAUCGUAGACAACCCAGAUGAUAAGCAAGGUGCAUGCGGCGGAGCAACGCAACCGCAAAUACAACACCAACAAAGCAUUCCGACGGGCAAUGGAGAUUUGCCGCAUCAUGCGCCGCCGUUACAGCAAUUACGACAAAGUUCGAAGGAAAGUACGGGAUCAUCGGAUACGGAUAGCUCGAGUGAUGAUGAGUCGAUAGCGACGCCAGCAGGUCCCGGAGGCGCGGAUAGCGAGAAGCAACAAACCAAAGAGACGGAAGCGGGUGCCGAAAUUUCAGCGCUCGUGAAUUAUGUGCAGCCCGUGCAUUUUAGCAGUUUUGAGAGUUCGGAAAAAAAAUGUCGCUACUACGAGAUGUCAUCGUUCGACGAGAAACAAGCAACAACCUUGCUAAAGGAGCGUCCCAUUGAAUUCGUGAAUUACAAUAAACACCAAUUAUCUCGUGUUUAUCCAGCUGGCACCCGUUUCGACAGUUCAAAUUUCAUGCCGCAGCUCUUCUGGAAUGCGGGAUGCCAAUUAGUCGCAUUGAAUUACCAAACGUUGGAUUUGGCGAUGCAACUAAAUCUCGGCAUUUUCGAGUAUAAUCAUCGUUGCGGUUACAUUUUGAAGCCGGAAUUUAUGCGACGCACGGAUCGUCGUUUGGAUCCUUUCGCCGAAAGUACGGUUGACGGCAUUAUCGCGGGCACGGUUUCAAUCAACGUCAUUUCGGGGCAAUUUUUGUCGGAUAAGAAGACAGGCACGUACGUGGAAGUCGAUAUGUUUGGCUUGCCUGCCGAUACGGUACGGAAGAAAUUCCGCACAAAACUCGUGCGAGACAACGGCAUCAAUCCAGUCUACUGGGACGAGCCGUUUGUCUUCAAGAAGGUUGUGCUGCCGGAAUUGGCAAGCAUUCGUAUUGCGGCGUACGAGGAGGGAGGUAAGUUUAUUGGGCAUCGCGUGUUGCCCGUGAUCGGAUUGUGUCCCGGAUAUCGACAUUUGAUGCUGCGGAAUGAGCUUGGGCAGCCAAUUGGGGCAGCUGCGUUGUUCCUGCAUAUUGUUGUGAAGGAUUAUGUUCCUGAUGGAUUGUCAGACUUUGCUGAGGCAUUGGCGAAUCCCAUCAAGUAUCAGAGUGAAUUAGAGAAACGUUCUGUGCAAUUGGCUGUGCUGCAAGAAGAUACAGAGCCCACCGAUGAGGAAAAUCCAUGUUCCACAAAUAAUUCCGCUCCCGCCAAGAAAGAUGUGAAACAGGAAUCUAGCAUAAGUAGUCCUAAACAUAGAUCAAGUAGUAUAACAGCAGCUUCCGUAAACAGCGUAGAAUACCAUCAUAUCGAUCAUCCGAGCAGUACAACAACGGAUGGCGGCGGCGAGAAAAUCAGUCCCGGAGUUUCUCAAACAUCCGCUUCGGCAGCGACAACGUAUUCGAGUGCAACUACCGGCAUGAGCAGCGGCAACGCAGGCAUUUCCAUUUCGUUCCAACAGCAGCAAAGUAUCGAUCAAGGAGGCACUUUGACGCGUCAAGCAGCAACAGAUUCGCUCUCGAACGAAGCAGAUGCCAUCGUUGCGGAGCCAUUGGAGAAAAUUCUCGAAAAUAAACUCAUCAAGGAGAAACGCGACGCACUCGAAAAGAAGUUAAAGACACUCAGGAAGACGCAUGACAAGGAAAAAGUGAAGGCAGCUACCGAAGGCGUCGACGGAAAUGUCAAACGAAGCAAAUUUAGCAUGGGAAUCGUUAAGCGAAUUAGCAGCAAAAAUAUCAGCGAUGUUUCUCCAAUCCCACCGUGCGUCGAUCCAAAUACGGAAUCAGCAACAAAUGAACGUCUCCAAGCAAUUUGUCGCGAUCACUCGAACACGUAUCGCGACACACUCGAAAAAUACCACGAAUCCAUUUAUAAUUUGGCCGAAGAAAUCGUUCGGAAGUCGCAGGAACGACAAAUGAAGCAACUUAAGACAUUGCUGGAACGCGAAACGAGCGACGUGAUGCGACAACUUCAGAUGUCGCGAAAAAAUGAGGUCAAACAACUCGUUUUGGUGCAUAAGGAUAAAGAUGAGUUGGAAAGAAUGAAACGUGAAGUUGACUCGACUCUUGUGGAUAAAGGAGUUGCGGAAAGAGUUCGUUUAACACAAGCUUUUGAAAAGCGCAGAGACGAACUUACGCGACAGCAUGAAAGUGUGAAAAAUUCGUUAAAAGACUUUAGAACUAAGGCAAAAGCAAUACUCGACAAAGAAACCGAUUCCGGUGCAUGCAUUUUAUCCGACACAUGUCUCUCGAAUCUCCUGCUAUCGACAGCCAACAUCAGCGGAGCCAGUUCGUCGCAUCACGAAACAAACGCAUCAUCCGCAAAUGCCGCAAGUAAUAACCACAAAAUGGAUUUAUAACUCUCCAGGACACUCGAAAUGCAAUUAUGGCAUAUUUUGCAAAUACUUAUUUUGGGCGUUGGCGGAAGUCGGGAUUUCAUCCAUGAUUUAAGUGGAAAAAUUUAAGUUUAAUUUUUUUUUGGUGCUCAGAAAACGCUUUUUUUAAAGAAAAUUUGUUACCAAGGAAAUGGUGCUUUUUUUCCUCCGUUGUAGAUUUUAGAAAAAAAAAAAAUGUAAAAAAAUAGAUUUUUAAGAGAAUCUCUGAAAAUACCAUCUAAUAGUUAUUAAUUCUGUAGAAUUAACCUAAAUAAUGAACAAAAAAAAAUAUUUUUUUAGAAGAACUGAUAAAAAAUUUAUUAUUUAUAAAAUGGAAUUAUGUAACGGAAUUUUCAUCAUAAUUAACAGAAAAUACAUAAUUAUGUGACAAAAUGCAAAGCACUUUUAGAAUUGAAGAAACUUGUAGUCCUAUAAAAACAUUUUUAAACAAUGUCUCUACUAAAUAUUGAUCUAAAAAGUUAAUAAAAUAAAUAUUUAUAUUAAAAUAGUGAAAAAGAUCUUAAUGUUACCUAAUUUUUAUUAGAGUAAUGUA